UUCCUCAGUCGUUGCUGUUUUCCAGGAACACAUCAGGAUGCCUGAACCCGCCAAGUCUGCGCCCAAGAAGGGCUCCAAGAAAGCCGUGACCAAGAUGGCCGGUAAAGGAGGCAAGAAGAGGAGAAGGACCAGGAAGGAGAGCUACGCCAUCUACGUGUACAAGGUGCUGAAGCAGGUCCACCCCGAUACCGGCAUCUCGUCCAAGGCCAUGAGCAUCAUGAACUCGUUCGUCAACGACAUCUUUGAGCGCAUCGCCUCCGAGGCUUCCCGUCUGGCUCACUACAACAAGCGCUCCACCAUCACCUCCAGGGAGAUCCAGACGGCCGUGCGCCUCCUGCUGCCCGGUGAGCUGGCCAAGCACGCCGUGUCUGAGGGCACCAAGGCGGUCACCAAGUACACCAGCUCCAAGUAAACCUGCUGUUUACCAUCUAAACCACAAAGGCCCUUUUUAGGGCCACACAAAUAUAACUUGAAGCAGAAA